UCUCCAGAGGUCCCUUCCAACCUCAACCGUUCUGUGAUUCUGUGCUAGCUGAUUCGGCUGCUGAAUCAGAAAGUGGCCUCUAAAUGGAGAAGGAGAGAAAACUGAUGAAAUUACUCAUUUAAAAGACUGGUGAAACUGCUAGUGUUGCUUUCCUACAAACAAUAUUAAAAUAUUGAAAAAAUCUUGGUUAUGGGAAGAAUGCACUCAUAUUUUUGGAUAUAGAGUUUCUGAGACUUUCUUCAUGACUUCCAGUUUUCCUUGUCGGAAUUGUGCUUCAGCUGAAUUAUUGCGUGGGAGUAUCCAAGGGGGAAAUACAUAGAACAGCUCCAGGAGCAAGUCUCUUGUAGUUGUCCAUUUCUGGGCACCAUGGGCUCCUCAGUGUGCUCAAAUGAAUGAGGUUAUGGCGGCACUAGCAAAGGAACAUGUGCAGGUUACAUUUGUGAAGCUGGAAGCUGAAGCUGUGCCUGAAGUGUCUGAAAAAUAUGAAAUUAAUUCUGUUCCAACUUUCUUAUUCUUUAAGAAUUCUCAGAAAGUUGACAGGUUAGAUGGUGCCCAUGCCCCGGAGUUGACCAAAAAAGUCCAGCGCCAUGCAUCUGGCAGUUCCAUUUCUGCUGGUUCUAAUGACGUUGCAAAAGAAGAUCUUGCUGUACGUCUGAAGAAGCUCAUCAAUGCUGCCCCUUGCAUGUUGUUUAUGAAAGGGUCUCCAAAAGAGCCUCGCUGCGGCUUCAGCAAACAAAUGGUGGAGAUACUGAACAAACAUGGUAUUUCAUUUAGCAGUUUUGAUAUUUUUUCUGAUGAAGAAGUUCGUCAGGGGCUGAAAACGUAUUCUAAUUGGCCAACUUAUCCACAGUUAUACGUAGCUGGAGAGCUUAUAGGUGGACUGGAUAUUGUCAAGGAACUCGAGGCUUCUGGAGAACUGGACACAGUCUGUCCGAAGGCACACAAGCUGGACGACAAGCUUAAAACUUUGAUAAACAAAGCUCCUGUGAUGCUUUUUAUGAAGGGGAAUAAACAGAUGGCAAAAUGUGGCUUCAGCAAGCAAAUUAUAGAAAUCCUAAAUAGUACUGGUGUUGAUUAUGAAACGUUUGACAUAUUGGAGGAUGAAGAGGUGCGGCAAGGACUAAAAACCUAUUCAAACUGGCCAACGUAUCCUCAGUUAUAUGUAAAGGGUGAACUUGUUGGAGGGUUGGAUAUUGUUAAGGAACUAAAGGAAAAUGGUGAACUGUUGCCUAUUCUGAAGGGAGAGAAUUAAUGCAAAAGGACAUCAAUGGGAACUGAAAUACUUGGAAAAAUUAUUCGUGUAUAGAUUAUACUGGAGCAAUCCCUGACUUAGCCCCGUGGAACCAAUCAGAAGUAAAUGAAGGUUCCUUACUGGCUCUGUAUAUUUCACAAGAACAUGCUACUUACGAAAACACAUGUUUUCACUGAAGAUAUGAAAUUGUCAACAUCUUCAAAUUCAAUUAAAAUGUAAUGCUGAAAAAGUUUGGAGUUUUUAUUAUACUCUUUGUACAUAUUCAUUGUAUCUAGACAUUUAACAGUGGAAUAAUGACUCCACUGUGCAGCGCACAACCACAGGACUAAAUUGUAUCUGGUUUUGGACUCAGCUUCCAUUAGGAGAAUAUUAAUGGGAAUACCUCCGUAGUAUGGAACAUAAUAAUUUUCUGUGUCUCAGCUAAUAAUUGUUUUCAUGUCUAGCGAGCAAGAAUAACGCUACUGAUAGUGCACCUAGUAUUCCUAGUGCACCAUUAGGAGUUUGUUGUUAAUAAGUUUCAGCUGUGUACUUUGCAUCUUUGUUAUCUUAAGUAUGUACAGUAACUUCAGGAGUUCAGCCUAUUUAAACGUAGCUUUUUGGUUAUAUUUAGAUUACAAUGGAAAUGAGCCAAUAAACGCAAUGAUUAGGCCAGUCUUCUAGUAUAUCAUCAAUGUUACUUCAGUUAGAAGGAAGUGUUUACUUUCUGGACUGUGACUUCUGCAGUUUAUACGAUUGUGUUAAUAUAUGGAUCCUUUGCCUCUGUAUUCAGAGGAUCUAAUUUGUUUUUUAAUCCUUCUUUCAAUACCUGUAAUACUUUAUAUAUUUCUACCACUCAAACUUUAGUAGUUGGAAUAGAGUCUAGUAAUAGGUUGACCAUCAAACCAGCAACAGCACAUGUAUACUUGCAAACAUAUACCCUAUGUUUUAUCUUUGGAGAAAUAAAACACAGUUGCAUCAAAAUGCAGCACAGUCCUUAUCAUCUGCAGUGCUCAGCUGGAGAGGACCAUUUCCUCAAAAGAAAUAAUGUUUGCUUGUAGUCAUUUGAGUUCUUAGUCUCUGUGCUGAGGUAUUUAUUUUGGAGGCAGUUUUUGUCUGUUUAUGAAAUAUGAAGAUAUUUCUAGUUAAUUACAUGUAGACUGCUGUGUAUGAGAGCCAUGCUAUUGACUUCUAGCUGAGACAUGCCGGUUUAAAAUACUUUAAGUGCAUUGGCUAUAGUCAAUGAAAAGGACAAGGAUGUCGUAUUCUUGGUCUAGAACCUGAAGCGGAGUAAGCUCCAUUUAUGAAGCCCAGAAAACAAAACUGUGGUGAGCAGAGAAGUGCCCAGCCCUUGCCAAUAAUAAAUUUUGAGCCAGAGUUGUUGCUCAAAGCUUGUGCCGUGCUGAUGUUUGUGUUACUUGGGCUUGCAGAGAAACACCAGUGUCUACCUGGGAAUCUUGGCUAGAAUCUUCCCUGGAGAGUUGCUCCCCUCUCAGGAGGGGUCAGGUCUGAACAUGUGCUCUUUAAAAUAUGACAAGAAGAGAUGUCUAAUGAGUUAUGUGCUGUGAGGUUCUAGGCAGCAGCUGAGAAGGAAGGUUUUGGAGUUAAGUUUGGGCUUUGUUGCUUGAAUCCUACCUAUGUAUAUAGGAACCUGAAGCAAAACUGUCAUUGGACUUAGUUCAUAACUGGUAAUGGUUGACUACAAAGCAAAAGGUGUUUAUACAUAAUACAAAAGUCUUAAGAUACUUAAUUCAAUCCAAGUGUUAAUUUUCUAGGAAUAAUUUUGGUAAUUGUUUUAAAAUCAUAUAUAUUAUAAUUUAAAAACAAUUUUAAUCUGAUCAUAAAAAAUCUUGUCCCUGUCAUGAAAACAAGCCUUAAUUGAUCUCUCAAAGUGAAUUGCAAAUGCAUCCAGGCAGCUGUCAGUAGUAAUCAUAACCUACUUUGUUUUUAAAAAAAAAAAAAAAGUAUACCAAAAAAUUGAAUCACUGUGGUCAAAUUAGGAGUUAGAAGCUUUUAAUUAAGCAAGUACAAAAUGUUGCUUCUUCUGCAAUAGUGUUUAAAAAAAAAAAUCAGAAUUCACUAUAGUAGAAUUUAACUAUGCCAGGUUUAGAGUCUACACAGAGUACUUACAGAAGUGUGAAAGACUGCCAAUGGAUAGCAGUUGUUUCUUUGACAAUUUAUAUUCCAUAUAUUCUGGUGCUACACUAUUUAUACCAAUAUGGGAGUCUUACUAAAGUAAAACUACUAUGCUACUUUAUAUACCCUGGACUAAUUAUUCUUCCUCGGUGAUUAUUCUUUUAAAUUUUUCAUGGUGCUAAAUUGUGGGUCUCUAACUUGGGGAAUUAGCAGCAUUUGAUAUAUCUCAUAGUUACUCCUUUAUCAAAAUUCAGUGUAAACUAGCUCUGUAUAAGUUAAAGUAAUGCUUUGGUGUUUCUUUAGACAAAAUAGACUUUCUGGAAACAAGCACUUUAAAAAUGGUUAGUUGCAGAAGCAGCUUUGCUAAACAAUUUUGUUUCUGGCUAUGAGCCCAGUCUAUGGCUGGGCUCAGAGUGCCCAGAGGUGGCUGUGCAGCGCAGUGGGAUGCGGCUUGGAGGAGGCUGCUGCAGAACCACAGCUGCACACACGGGAACUGGAAUAUCGCAUUCCAGCAGUUUAAUGGUAUCAAUGAGGUGUCAUACCUGAAUUUUGUGCUAAUACUGUUAAAAUGCUUUUGAAAAUGCUAGUAUUUCUGCAUAGGGUUUGCACUUUUGCAUGGCGUCGGUACACCCCUACAGUUGUGUCAUUUAAUAAUUUGUUCCAAAUAUGUGGAGACUUUAAUAUCCCGUAACUAAUUUUGGUUAGGAUUUUUUGUGUGUCUAAAGAGCUGUGCAACUGUUAAGCUCUAACACUUAUUCUUCGUAAAGGGAAGAAUCUGUUGGUGGAGGCUGCCUCUUUGUGGUAGAAAACUGUACAUUACUCAAGUGCAGUUGGCCUACAAUCCCUUGAUACUGCAAAAAAAAAAAAAAAAAAAAA